UAUAGGGGCGUUCCUUAAGUAAAAAACAUUUUUUUUUCUUUCUCUUACAAUAUUCGUGUCAUGAUCAAAUCAUCGUCUUCGACGAAAAACGGGUUCUGGUCGAAGCUAAUUAGGCUGUCUCUCGGAAAGAAAGGUAUGUCGUUUUUUUUCGUAUCUAACGCGCUUUAAUAUACUUCGAUCGUCUCAAAAAUAGAUCUUCAUUUCAUGCCUAGAGUUUGUGUUCAAGUGUAGUUGAUUUGAAUCCGAUUUUAGAGUAAUUAGGGUUUUUGUUCAUGUAUAUGAUGUUAAUUAAUUAAUUAACAUGUUUUUAAUUUGUGAAAUGAUUUAAUUUUUCAGGUAGACAUGGGAAAGAAGAGAUGGGUAGCUUGAAGGACAAGUCAUCAAAUGUGACUGAAGAAUAUACAGAAGCUUUUAGGACAAACUCUUACAUAGAAAUAUGCAACAAAGUCCAAGGUAAACUCGAAACAAGAACUUCAUCGUCUUCUUGUUCUUCGUCUUCGUCUCGUAUAGACCAGGUGCCUCUCUCCGAGUAUCUUCUAGAACCUCGACAAGAAACCCUAGAUUCCAUAUUCGGAGCCUCGAAUAAUCAUUUUCUUGCUAAUUACUUCAACAUUAGCGUAGAAGCGGGCGAAAUAUGUGAAUCCUUACUCCAAAACGUCCACCAAGCACGCAUUAACUACCGCACGGUUAAGGAGGCGGUCGAUUUGAUUAACAUUGGGGCCCACACCGAGUACCACGCGUCGCACAAAGAUAUUUCCACAUUUGCCCUCCACAAGAACCCUUUCUCGUCGAUGAAUCGCGAUAAAUUCGUAGAGCUACACAACAGCCACGCUCACUUGCUCCACCAACUGACAUCACAGUACAGAAAGACAAAGCGAAAAACGAAAUUCUUUAGAUCCAUCAAACGGGCCUUGAUCACGGGCCUAAUUGUGGGGUCCAGUGGGUUAGCCGUUGCUUUGUUGGUCCUCUCACUACACACCAUGGUGGGAUUAGUGGCUGCACCGGGACUACUAAUCCUAUGUUCUCUAGUCAUCUUCUUAAUGAAGAAAUCGAAACGAAAUAAAAUAAAAUCGAGGAAAAAUAAACGGGUCGAUCAAGAUCGAGGGCUAGGAUCACAGCUGGAUGUUGCAGCCAGAGGGGUUUAUAUACUGAUCAACGAUUUCGACACCAUGAGCCGGCUUGUGCAGAGGUUGUACGAUGAGGUGGAGCACACGAGAUUUUUGUCGGAGAUUUGCGUUCGGAAGGGGAAGAAGAAUCGGGAGAUGUUGAAGGAAGUCGUGAGGGAGUUCCGAAUGCACGAGGGUUUGUUUCUAGAAGAGAUGGAAGAAUUGGAGAAACAAGUGUGCUUGUGUUUUCUCGACAUAAAUCGAUCGAGGAGGCUACUCGUCCAAGAAAUGGAUAAAUAUUGAGCAAUUAUAAUAUAUUUGCAGCAAUUUUUUAUUUCUUUUGCACCUUUUGUAGCUUUUAAUUUUAAUGGAUUCUUACAAUAGACUCUUGUUUCAAAAAGGAAAUGCUGUCCAAUAGUUGCUGCAAAUUAAA